AUGGAGGUAGAAGUGGAGAGUGCAUCUUCCGGCCCGCCCGUUGAUGUUCCUAACCCAACAUCGCCAGCACCUCCAACUCCUGGUGCCACCAAAAGUGUAGUCGUGACGACUGCUUCUGCUGGUUCUGUUACAGUUUCCUUGCAUCCGUUAGUAAUCAUGAACGUUUCAGAACAUUGGACUCGUCUUCGUGCACAAGAGGGUUCACCACAGACUGUAAUUGGUGCUUUGAUUGGCAAACAAAAAGGUCGAAAUAUUGAGGUCAUGAAUUCUUUCGAAUUGGUAUUUAGUAUUAUUGAUGGGGAUAUAAUUAUUGAUAGAGAUUAUUACAAUUUAAAAGAAGAACAAUUCAAACAAGUGUUUUCUGAUAUGGACUUCCUCGGAUGGUACACAACAGGUGAUACACCAACAGAGCGUGAUAUUGCAGUCCAUAGACAAAUUUGUGAUAUAAAUGAAUGCCCUGUCAUGUUCAUGUUAAAUCCAGCAGGUAGAAAUGGAGAGCAAUUACCCAUAGUUUUAUAUGAAUCAGUAAUAGAUGUUGUCAAUGGUCGUGCCACAAUGCUUCUCGCUCCACUGACAUAUACACUAGCUGCUGAAGAAGCAGAAAGAAUUGGAGUAGAUCAUGUUGCGCGAGUAUCAUCAGGAGAAGCAGCUCUUAAUAGCUUAGUGGCGGAGCACCUCACGGCGCAGCGGUCCGCCAUAAAGAUGCUAGUGUCGCGCGUGCGCGCUGUGCUGGCGACUGUACGCGCGAUCCGGGACGGCGUGCUGCCGCCGCGGCCGGCCCUCCUGCGCGAGGCCAGGGCCCUCGCGAACCGGCUGCCGCUGCUCACCUCGCAGCAGUUCCGCACGCACUUCUACAACCAAUGCAACGACGUGGCUCUCAUGACUUACUUGGGAACAAUCACCAAAGGCUGUAACGGAAUCAACCAACUAGUUAAUAGGUUCAACGUGCUCUACGACAGGCAAGGAAUGGGCCGCCGCAUGAGGGGACUUUUCUUU